UGAUUCAGAGAUUAAGAACUGCACUGUACAAGAAAAGAUAAACUAAAGGUUUUAAGAUGAUAUGUUGACCACACCACCGUUAUAAAGAGUAUAGGCUCUCAGUAAGCAAGCGGAUAGUGAGGAGGAAAUUUGGAAAUGCAAUAUCAGCAAUGGAACUGGAAUCAGAAGCAGGUGGUACCAUGAGUACAGGUAAUGUCAAGAAAAACAUCCCCAUUAAACUGAAAUCACAACCAAAAGCAACAAGGGGGCGGCCAAAGAAAGGGGCAAGAGCGAAGAAAGAAGCCACUCCGCCCGAGGUCCCCGAACAAGAUGAAAAUUCAAGUGUGGUUGACUCUGAAUUUAUUGAGGCACCGAUCUUUAAACAACCAGGGGAACCCCUUCACCAAAGUCAGCCUCUGAGAUGGAGUCAUAAGGUUAAUCUUAUUGGAGAAAAGGUGGUGGAUCCCUUGAUACACUGCUGUGACAAAUGUAAACUGCCUAUUCUCAUCUAUGGUCGUAUGAUUCCUUGCAAGCAUGUGUUUUGCCUUGACUGCGCAAGAAAGACGGAGAAAGUGUGUCCAAGGUACAAGUGUGAAGAAAAUGUACAGCGGAUAGAACAGUCAGCUCUAGGAACUGUGUUUGUCUGUAGUUAUGGAGGACCUAAGCAUGGUGAUGGUGGGUGCCGACGGACGUACCUCUCGCAAAGGGACCUUCAAGCUCACAUCUACCACAGACACAUGAGGACUGACUCCUCAAAAUCCUCAAAUCAGGCAUCCAGUACCAGUAAGACAGUUGUAGAACAAUAUACAACAUCCAAAGGGGGUUCUAAAUCGCAGCACUCGACACCAAUCAUAGAGCAGUAUACUACAGCAGCGGGUCGUCAUGCCAGCAGUGACAGUCAUCUGAACAUACCCCACUCCUCCCGCCCAAGUGAUGCAUUGUAUCAACAGCCCUUACUGAAUCAGAUGCCUCCCCCUAGUCAGGCUUUGCCUACUCAAGCCAUGCUUCAAGGCCCUCCUCCUAGACUGCCCUUAUCGCAGGGACAGCCGCCUUCUCAGUCUAUCAUCCCAGGUCAACAAGCAGAGAGUUACCAGCUUUCAUCAAUGUCUGCAAUGGCACCUGGCAGAAAAACUAACCUCAUUACGGUUCCUCUACAGGAUGACUCGGAUUACAGACGGAGAGACAUGGCUGCUGGAUACAACUCCCUUCCCCCGUCAACCUUUGCGACCUCUAUGCCGCCUCCUGGUGGCAUCGCUCCACAGCAAGGGUUUCCUGCCAUGCAUCAAGGACCAUCACCGACAUCCAUUGGGGUAUUCCCUCCUUCAGGACCCCCACCAUUUACGUCACCCCCAAUAAGGUCACAGUUGCCAGUCUCAUCAGGCGGUAGUGUCCCCAUUUCACACCCUCCCCCGGUCAGUGUUCCUACCCCCAAUCUGGCCACACCACCCCCUCCACUUUUGACUGGCCCACGGAUGCCAAUACAAGGAGGCCAGCCUCCCAGAUUUGGUAGUCCCCAGGGGCAUUUUAAUGACAGUUACAGUCAGAGUACCCCAGGAGGUCAGAAUCCGAGGGGACCCUGGGCUGGGCCCCAACCCCAAAGGAGUUCAAGUGGUCAGUCACAAAGAUCACAAUCGGACAAUUAUCAAUACUACCAAUGAAUAUUGUGAGAGUCCAAGUGUUAUUAUUAGUCUUCAAUACUAUGUUUAAUGAUUCAUCUGAAGAAUAUGUUUUUUUACCGGUAAAUUUCUAGAGUGUACAUAAAUCAUCACAUAUGAUCAAGAAGUCUUGUUUGACUAUAAAAAUUUUUAAAGUUAUGGAUUUAUUUGUUUUAUAGAUAUUCAGUGUGUUUGAUCGGGUUUGAAAAGUAUGAUCAUAGUGCAUAUCAAUGUUUAAGACUGUUUAAUUUCUCCUCUGCAGAAAUUGUGCUAUUGGCAAAAGAUAUGUAGAUUUCAAUACUUGCUGUAAUCUAUAGAUUAAUAAUAAAAAUAUGACUUGU